AGUCCGUGGAUCAUCGCAUUCCACCCAUGCGGGUGACGCUGACUGCGGUCUACAACACCUUCCAGGUGAUCGGAGCUUUGGAUCGUCGACUGGGAGCGACGCGAGACGUGACGCCACCGCGCGGCUUGAACUUCGGCCCGGUGGAGAAGGGCGAGACGCAGACGCGGACCUUCACGGCGCGCGGGGGCGGAAG